CGACAGCCGGCCCAGAGUGAGUGGCAGAACCGGUUCUGCCGUCCUGUGUCUAUGAAUAGCAACCACAAUAGUGAUACAUGCUGCACAACCUGGCUGAUAGGUUUUCGCGAUCUUACCAGGGCGUGUGGAUAUAAGCAAGUGGGAACCAAGAACGCUAGUCCCACAGCUAGCUUCCCAGGUGUGGAGUUGCAAGAUGGGUGUUAGAAGCAUUGCCUGCCUCUUGCUGAUAGCAAUAGUGGUUGUCAACGCUCAAGAUGCUCCAUAUUUCACAAAAAAUAUGAAUUUAGCAAGAAUUGAUGAAACAACACCUGUUGGUUCAAUUGUAUACACCCUGGAAGCUGUGGACCCGAAUGGUGGGCCUGUCACGUAUGGUAUACAAGCUGACAAGUUUGAAGUGGAUGCAACCACUGGAAAAGUGAAACUUAUUCUACCACUUAACUAUGAGAGUGAGCUGAAAGUUCUGAGAGUCAUGGUGUUUUGUUUUGACCAGGAAGGACUUAGUACCAGUACCCAGUCCACUGUCAAUGUCGUCGAUGCCAAUGACAACCCAGCUUUGUUUUUAAAUCAGAUAUACUCCAUUCGUAUGCCUGAGACAGCUAGCCCUGGUUACAUCCUUCAAAGUAACUUGACUGUUUCUGAUAUUGACUUUGUGAACCAGGCAAUUGAAGUGACGUGUAACGCCAGUGCAGUCACUGGUGAGAACUCUUUGUAUCAAGAAGCAUGUAACACGUUCCGACUUAUCCAAAAAAGUUCCAACAAUAAACAAUGGAUAGGAGACCUUCAACUGAUAACUCCAGUGGAUUAUGAGACAAGAUCUACCUAUCAGCUGCCAUUACAGACCUUUGAUGGCAAGAAUCGUUUUCUCCAGAGUUUUGAGAUAACAUUGGAGGAUAUCAACGACAGUCCUCCGGUCUUUACCUACGUAACUCCAGCCACCGUCAACGAGAGUUUACCUAUCAAUUCGAACAUCUCCUACGUGACAGCAGUGGAUGGUGAUCUGAAUGAUCCUCACCCAAUCCGAUAUGAGCUUAACUGCACAACUGGAGUUGGGAUCAAUCUUUUUGCCAUUGACAAGGUCACAGGCGUAAUCAUCAACACUCGUCUUCUGGACCGAGAGAGUGUUGAGCUAAGCCAGGGUUACAUCGAUCUGUGUGUUAAGGCCAGGGAAAUCAUCAGCGUGACACCAGAGAUUUUAGGGAACGACACCUCAACAACAGCAACAGCAACUAUCCGAAUCAACGUCCGAGAUCAAAAUGAUAAUGCACCAACAUUCCAUCAAUCCGACUUCACUGUCAACAUCUACGAGGACAUUCCUAAUGAAUCUGCUCUGCCAGGACUCAUCAUGACCGUCACCGACUUGGACAGUGGCACAGCUAACUCCUAUAAUUUCGUCUUGUUGGACAACACCGACGUAUUUGCUGUGUUUCCUGAUAGUGGACAAGGGCAGACAACUGCCAGUAUUAAAGUCAUCGACACAUCGAAGAUCGACUAUGAGAAUGGACCCAAGUCCUACAUACUGAGGGUUGAAGCUCGAGAAGUCCUACUGAACCAGCCGAGCCGACUGACAGGGUCGGCAACAGUAACAGUCAAUGUGCUGGAUGUGAAUGACAACAUCCCAUUAUUUACGCAAGCAGGAUUUUCUCAACAAAUACCAGAAACAGCGAACAUUGGGUCCAGCGUUGUGGAUAUAUCGGUUUCGGAUCCUGAUUCCAAUGACUUUGGUGUUGCUGGUGUCGUUUAUGCUCUGGUGGGGAAUGGAGCAGAAAAAUUCCGGAUCAACAACCGUACAGGAAGUGUUACUAUAGCACCAUGUUCCCCGAGGCCAGGGGUGGAUACAUGUAUAGACUAUGAAACGACUAGGACGUAUGAGCUGACAGUCACUGCCACAGAUUAUUUAGGUCGAGGUUUAUCCAGAACUGCAAGGCUGACGAUUGACAUUCUGGACAUUAACGACAACCCCCCUGCCUUCGUGGAGUCGGAGUAUGCCAGAAGCAUAUUUGAAGGGCAAACAAUUACCAACGAUCCUCUCCUUGCCAGGGCUACAGAUCGGGACACUGUAGGAGGCCCAAUCCGGUACAGUAUUUCUCAGGGCAGUCCAGGGUCCAGCCUGUGGCAGAUCAACGAUGAAACAGCCAAUAUCACAGCCAGAAGGCCCAUCAAGUAUGAAGACACGCCCAAUGACCAGGGCUUCUUUGACCUGACUGUUAUAGCAUCUGACCAAAAGUUCAACGUCACAGUGGAUGUGAAGAUAUUUGUCAUUGACACUAACGACAACUCUCCAGUCUUCAUGCCAGACAGAUAUGUUGAAACCAUCGACGAAUCCACAACAUCAAACUACCCUGUGCUGACUGUAACUGCCACAGACCUGGACUCGGCCACAACUGACAAUGGCAGGAUUGAGUACGGCAUUGAGAAUGGAGCUCAGGGCAAGUUUGUCAUUGAUGGGCAGAGUGGUGCUAUCUCUACAGCCUCCGAUGCAACCUUUGACUACGAUGUACAGAGACAGUAUGUUAUGCAGGUACUGGCCCGAGAUGGAGGCAACCCCCAGAAGACAGGAACAGCCAGCGUCACUGUCAACAUCCGCGACGCCAACAACAAGGACCCCUACUUCCUGCCCACCACACGCAGGGCCGAUGUCUAUGAAAAUGCUGUCAUUGGAACGUCGGUGAUCAAUCUACAAGCCAUUGAUCCUGACGCUAACGCAGCCCUCAACUAUUACUUUGUGGAACCAAUCAGUGCCAUAACUCCAGAUGGCAUCGAGGUCCAAAGUGCCUCCUACAACUUCAAGGAUCUAUUUGAAGUCGUGGAAGAAAAUGGCAGAGUCCGAACCAGAAGCAACCUGGACCGAGACCGAACAUCAGUGAUCACCUACACUGUCAAUGUAGUUGAUACCUCAGCUAACCCCAGACAGACAGGCACAGGGACCCUCAUCAUCAACAUCUUGGAGUACAACGACCAGAGUCCUUACUUCCAGCUGCCCUUCUAUAACAUCACUAUUGAUGAGGAGCAGCCAAUCGGUGCAUUUAUCAUGACCCUCAUUGCUCGUGAUGAUGAUGAUGAGAUUGACCAGUACGAGAUCUUUGAUGACAGAGGGAACUACUUCUCUAUAGCUGCUAGUACAGGUGUCCUGACUGUGAAGAACAACAUUGAUUAUGAGAAGGUUCAGCAGACUGAAUUCAGGGCGAGAGCUACAGACAACGGUAUACCUCGUCUGUCCAACACUACCGUGGUCCAUGUCAACAUCCGAAACAUCAACGACAACAGCCCCAUCUUCACACAGGGUGACUACACCAAACACAUUAAGGAGCAUUCACCCCUUGGCACCUCUGUCCUCACAGUCACAGCUAUUGAUCGUGACCUCGAGGACUAUGGCGUGGUCCGAUACAGAAUAGACUCCAAUGAGACUCGCUUGAUCAUCAACGAGGAAUCAGGACUGAUCCAGAUAUCAGCAGAUCUAGACCGUGAGAAGCAGUCAACUAUUGCCAUACAAGUGACAGCAUACGACAGUCCAAAGGACUCGACAGUUCGGCGAUUCUACACUGUGCCGGUGUACGUGUAUCUGGAUGACAUCAACGACAACUCGCCCGUGUUUGGGCCCACCGAGUAUAAGCAAUCCAUCAUUGAGACGAUCGACUUAGGGGCACAGGUCCUACAGGUGUUUGCCACGGAUCUGGAUGUCGGAACUAAUGCCGCCAUUGCCUUCUCCAUUGUUCCAGGCAUGGGAGAUUCAAUGGGGUACUUUGACGUGGGAACAACAUCGGGUCGAAUCACUGUCAACCAGAGUCUGCGAGACAAGGCAGGAACCUAUGUGUUCUACGUGAUGGGGAAGGACCUGAACGGGGAGGCGGCAGGCCUGAAUGACACCGCCAAGGUGACCAUCAUUGUCCUGGAGGCCACCAACUCCCCUCCUGUAUGGGUCAUACCACCCAGACAAAACUAUUCCAUCGAGGUCCUCGAGAGUCAGUACUUGGGCAUGCUGGUCUAUGACGUGGAAGCAGUGGACAGCGACAACAGCAACAGCGGCAUUGUUGACUACGGUUUCUACUACCUUGGCAACUACACCAUCAAGACCCCUGAGUUCAGCAUUAACCCAGUGACUGGGGUGAUCAAGGCUGAGAUUGUGUACGACAGGGAGGCUGUGCCGCGAUAUGUGUUGUUGCUGUCGGCCAAAGAUCGUGGAGAUCCGGCUCUGGAGGCCACCCGCUUCCUGACUGUAAUAAUCAUGGAUGUCAAUGACAAUGUGCCCAAGUUCCCUAUGAGCGAUGGGAAGACAAUCCCCUAUGUAUUCACUGUCCCAGAGAACACAGGACAAGGGGCCACAGUUGGCACUGUCAACGCCACAGAUAUAGACACCAUUGACACAGUGUAUUACGCUAUUCUUGCUGGCGAUACGGACACAUUCGGUAUUGACAGCAAUGGAACGAUCUACCUGAAGAAAGAUGUUGAUCGUGAACAAGUCUCCUCCUACACUCUGGACAUCAUUGCCAGCAACAACAUCAGCGACUACAGCGUGGUCACACGUCGAAAACGAUCAACAAAUCCCAGCAUUGUUACAGUGCGUGUUGAUAUCCUUGAUGUGGAGGAUGAGGCGCCUGUGUUCACUUCAUUCAAUGGACCUAACGGUGCCAAGGAAUAUUAUGGAUGUAUAAGCUCCACGGCGCCGUUUGGUAAGAGUGUGGUAGAGGUUGCGGCCACCGACGCUGACUCUGCUGGUCGGCAAGGUAUCUCCUUCUCCCUCACCUCGGGUAACACGGGGGACAUCUUUGCCAUCGACCAAGUAACAGGCCUCAUAAGCAACCAAAAUCUCUUGGGCAGCAUCAGCACCAAGGACUUCUACCUCACCGCCACAGCAACUGACAAGGGCAACCUGACCAGGAACGCCCCUGUCAAGAUCUUUGUUGUAUCACGUGAGGAUGAGGCAAAGAUUGUGAUCAAUCAGAAGUCAUCUGAAGUGCGCCUGUUCAUUCAGCAGCUGAGAAGGUUGAUACAACAAGACAAGGGCAUCCAGUACGUGUGUGUUACAGAGAUCAGUGAUCACGUGACAGCUGCAGGACGUAUUGACAGCACAAAGACUGAUGUGUUUGUAACAGCGGUGUAUGGAGGAGAGAACACCUACAAAGUCUACAACACUCAGGGACUACUGACCAUCAUCAAAGAAGCCCGGAGUUCCAACAUCAGUAGCAGCUAUGACGGCCUGUACAUAACAGGGACCGGUAGAAGGACAGAGGAGGAGGAUUUGACAGAGUACACCCCAGUUCUGGCAGUGCUGAUCAUCGUCAUCCUGCUCGUCAUCAUGGCCAUCAUCCUGCUGUGCCUGGCGUGCUACUGCAUCUCGGACUCGAAGAACAAAAAACUGCGAAAGACAGAAGCUCGACGUUUCACAGUGGUGACACAGGAGCCGGUGAAGAUUGUGAGUCCAGUGUAUGACAACCGAGCCUUCUAUAGAGAAGAAGAACCCGUCCGGGCACCCAUGCCUGUACCUAACCCCAGCGAUGAUUAUGCAGUGGUGCAGAAAAAACGACCUCCAAGUGAUGAAGUCCCAAUAGUAGCUGCCCCGGUAGUGAUGUCUCAAUCUUACACUGCACCAGCACAACCCAGCUACGAAGGCCCAGUGCCCGUCAUAGAGACCACAGUGGUCGAGGACGAACCACCUGUCCAGCAGUCCUACGAACCUGAGCCUGUUAUUGUAACUGAGUACUAUCCCGACCCUGAACCUCAAGUCAUAUAUGUCCCUGCUCCAGAGCCUCAAAUCAUCAUCCAGGAACCAGACCCGGAACCCCAAACUGUCUACAUUCCUGACCAGGAACCCCAAGCUGUCUACAUUCCUGACCUGGAACCCCAAGCUGUCUACAUCCCUGACCCUGAGCCUCAGGACACAUACAUACCCGACCCCGAGCCAUACGAAACUGUGUACAUUCCUAGCCCAGAGCCUCCAACAUCCUACCAGCCCAUCCCUGAAGUAUAUCCCGAGGAAGGCAGUGAGGAAAUAGUGGUUCAAUUUUCCGAUGACAUACCACCAACUACCCCCCGCUAUAGCCCUCCCCCCAGCCCCCCCUCCAGCCCCUCCUCCAGUCUGAAGCACAGCUCUCCGCCUUCCCUGCAGCAGCAGGAUGAGGACAACAUGGCCACUGCCAUGAUGUAAACGUUAGUCCUCGGAGCGGGUCAGUUAUCUCCCAACAGGAUGUUACCCUGCCAUUGUACAGAACCUCACCAGUGCGUCAUACCACAUGCUUAGCAGGUAUUACUAGUAGCAUGGUAAAGUUCGCCAUUGUUUAUAGCCUAUGUACAUAAUGUAUUAUAUGGAUGGUCACCAAGUCUCCAAACAAUAAAAUGCACACAGUCAUCAAAGAUUAUGACAUAGGAACUGUGAAGAAGGCCAAUUUGUUAAAAAUAUCGGUACCACAAGGGAUACAUGGGACAACAAAGGAACAUGUAAAAGUUUGUUUCAUGUUGUUGGUUAUACUGGUUGACUUUAUUAAAUUAUUUUCCAUAAUUUGCUUUGUAAUUGGUUUUGUUUUAAAUUUUCUCUUCUGACAUCGACCCAAUUAUCUGUAUGUUAUACCAAUGUGUAUUUAAUUUACAUAGAGAGUAACAUUCCCAGCUGUACAAAUACUGUAUUUAAUCUGUGAUAUAUGGUGAAAUAUUAAUGUUGAAAUUAUGGCCAAUUGAGUCUUCGUUUAUGGCAUUUAUUUUCAGUCAUUUUUUUACAUAAUCAAAUUCAAGUCUCCUAUUCAUCUGACUUCAAUACAAAUCAAAACAUAUUUUCUUUUUAUGAUUUAUUUUAUUUCGUUCAAGGAAGUGGUGUAACAACAUCUUAUUAUGCUACAAUUGUCUAAAGAUUUCAAACUUGCAUUGCAGUAUGGUUAAAUACACAAACAAGUUCAGUAUCUUGACAUGUGCUAUUUUGCUUCCCAUGUUAUUUAGCUGGGCUGCACCUACAGGGAUGCCCUGUGGAUUUGAUUAAAGAGUUUUCAAAGUUGUACUGAAAACAGAAAAUCUAUCAAAUGUUUUAUAAGGUUUUUAUAUAUACAUGUAUGAAAGAUAUUUUUAUAGAAUAAAACACUAAAUGUA